AUGCAAGAAUGUGGAUAUUGCAAGGAAAAGGAGAUGAAGCUACAGAAAUAUGAAGAAGAAAUAGAAACAGAGAAAUCGCGGGAAUGUUUAAAAGCAUUAGAAAGAGAAAAGAUAGCGAAUGGCAUGCGAUGUACUAAAUCAGAUGAAAAAAAGCUACGCGAGAUACAAAAAAUGCAGAUGCGCGAAAAAAAGAGUAUAGAGCAACAACAAGCUGAUAUUGAUAAGCUCUGGCACAAAGUGUUGAUAGACAACGUUAAAACAAAGGAGCAACAGGAAAGAGUUGAAAAGGAAAGACUUAAACAAGAAAUGAUAGAAAGACGCCUGGCAUAUGAUGAGCAAAUAGCUAGUGCGAACAAACUGCAGCGGGAGUUGUUGCAGAAAGAAAGAGAAAUAGAGAACAGAAGGCUGGAGAAGAUGAAAAAGAAAAUGGAACAAGAUUAUUACGACGCAAUGAAAAGAAAGAAAGAGCAAGAGUUAAAAAACAGAAAGAACUUUAUAGAAGGACAUCAAAUUAAAUUGUCUAAUCUACGAAGCGAGAAGAUACAAGAAAGAAAUAUGGACAUUAAUACUAUAAAUAUUGCCAUGGAAGAAUUAAGGAAAGAGCGACAAAAGAAGUUAGAGCACAUUCAAUCACUGAAUGUAGAAAAACGAAUAUUUGUAGAAAAUUAUAAGCGCGAAAGAAAGAUGGCGGACCAACUAGAAAAGGAAGCAGAGAGAAUAGCAAAUGAAUGGAAAGAACAAGGAGAGAAGGAGAGCGAUGAGUUUUAUAGGAAUAGGGAAAUGGAAAAACUUAAAAAUCGAAUGAGUGCCUCCCAAGAAUACAGAAGACACAUAGAAGAUAGAAAUCAACAACUGGCACAGAAGAAAGAAGAACGAAAGCAGAUGAUGGAAAGAGUAAGAAGAACUGCUUAUAGCGAAUUAAGAAGAAACUUAGACAGUGCUAACGAGGAGAUGAGACGUCAAAUUGAAUACCAACACGCAUUGACUAAUCAAAUUCGAGAUAAUGACAAAAUUAUGGAAAUGGAAUUAAACGAAAUUGAAGAAAAACAGCGCGCGUUCACGAAAAAGUCGAUUAUGUUUAGAGACGCGAUGAGAGAUAAGACGAAGCAACCGCCUUGCGAGAAUCCCGUUCAUCCCUUUAGAAAAAUUUUGCAGGCGCAAGAAACAAGUUCAUUAUCACUACCACUCAUAAAUAGAUAUGGAUAC